AUGCGUGCUGAAGAUAUGUUAAUGAUUCAUGAUAUUGAUGAGUAUUUGAAUGUGAGAGAACCUGAUGAAAUAUUUAAUAAUUAUAAAAAUUAUGAUCAAUUUCAUUUUAGCGAAAUUCGAUAUGGUUAUGUUCUAGAUACCGAUAAUGAAAUAAUGAAUCGUUCAUUGCGUACACCUAAUUUAUGGCGUAAGCUACAUCAUCUGCUUGGUGAAUACGAAAACGAUGAUUUAAAAAUUAUUUAA